AUGGCAGCGGAAAUGCACGAAACCGCUGCCUGUCCAAGAACCAGUGCCCUUAGUGACACUCUGAACCAGAAACCCCAAUUUCCAAUGGAAAGUCGCCAAAAUCGAAAAGUUCACUGUCUGUUCCCUGAGUUCAGGAUACAGGUGCCUCAGUUUCUCGACCAGUGUCGUUCACUUCCACCGUUCUACCGUAUCCCGGAGCCGGCAUAUCGCAGCAUUCCAUCAAGCAUAAGGAAACCACCUAUCGCCAUGGAAUCGCGAACUACGGCCAUGGAGGACGCAACUAGUGACAACAGUGCGGAAAUCUCCCCGUCGAUAACGAUCGAGGAGAUCGACAGAAAUUCGGAUGAUAACAGGACGUGCGACGGAUCGACAACUGAUUUCCCGUAUGUAGACGAUUCCGACGUCGCCACAUCCCCUCGUCCAAUCAUGGAAUUCCCCAGUCAAGUUGCACAGAUCAUCCAAAGAGAUAAACCGCAACUAGAAGUCGAAGCUGAAAAAUAUGUUGAUGAAUUCGUUAUGGAUUUGAUCGAAUCACAACCAAAUGAGGCGAGCAGUUUGACAAACGGGAAACAACCAGAUGAACAACUAGUGGAACAAACAUCCGUCAGCAGAAAUGAACACAUUCCAAAGCCAAGUUCUCAACCACCCAAAAUGCCUAAUGGAAUGUCAUCAUUUAAAAGGAAUGGAAAACAGACAGUACUUCCUCCUGUUACUAAAAUGACUAGACGUCGACAUUCAGCCAUGGUUGGUCGUGGAGUCGAACAGAUUGGGGACUCCUUUCGCUUUCGAUCGUUAAGCCCUGUGCCCUUCGGCGGUGCCGCAAGGAUAAGACAUUCCAUGUGUGAAACGACAUUAGCCGGACCAUGUUCCUCGACUACUCACAACAGUACGCCCACCAACUGUCCAGCUUUCCCGCUCUAUGGUCGUCUUCACCCGUCAAAUAGUGAUAUGUUCUGCUGCGUAUGGUUAAAACACAGAUCGUUUUUUACGGGGGAUUCUUUCCGACGACCGUACACCCCUACAAGAAAGUUUCAUACAACUACUGAUCGCUCUCUUAGAGCCAUGUACAAACCACCAUCGAUACUGGUCUACACUGGAGAACAGACCGGUCUCUAUAAAAGGAUAAGAUCGAGUUUAUCACAGCUCAUACCUGCAGAUCGGUACACUGUCUUUCAUUUGAGUGCUGAGGCUAUGAAAAAGCAACCCUGGAUCGAACCCACCACAGCAUGUCUUAUAAUCGCUGAUACAUCGGAACUGGAUGAUCAAUCAUGGGGAAACAUGCAGACCUAUUUUAACCAAUCGGGAAAAAUAAUCUUUGUUUGCCAAAAUCGUCUCCUUGCGAGUCUGUCUAAUUGUGAGUCGUCCAAAAAACAGGCCGAUAUGAUUCGAAUGGCAUUUGGAUCUCGAGAUUGCCUGUCCAUGGGGAAAGAUUUCGAGCAUUUCCUUAAAAAGUCGUUAAAAACACUUUCAAAACAAGGACAGAUCAACACAACUUUUCAUUCCAAGGAUUUAGCAGGGGGAAUGAGCUACUCAGUCGUGCUAAACAAAGUAAAAGAUAUGCCCCUCUUUUUGUAUAUGGAAAAUAGUGCACAUCAAGCUUCGGCUAUUUUUUCAGAUGCCACAUCUGAACAGUUGUUAGCACCUGGCAGUCGGAUACUUCAUGAUUCGUUGUCUCGUGUUGGCGUAACAGUAUGUGAAACUGAAAUUCCAACUCUUACUCCAGCAGUUAUGAUAGCUAGCGAAGACGACAUCAUUGAGAACUUGAUGGGAGUACGAUAUGGGGAAGAAAUUGGGCUAGUACCACGGCUUUUUCUCCGGAAAACAGAAAAGGUGGGAGAACAAGGAAUGCCUGAUGUUACUGAGAGUGUGUUACCUGUGGAGGUCUCGUCACGCAACCAGAAGUCUUCCUACACACAUUUCAACUUCCCCUUGUACUUCUCACACCUUCGGACAAGACGUCUGGGACACGUCAUUCUGCACAUACCUGUCGCUACCACCACUAUGGAUGUAUGUGAAAGCCUUUGUGACGCAAUACCGACUUGUGACGGUGCUGUGAUAGUUGCCGCUCGUCAGACGCAUGGUCAAGGUCGUGGUGGAAAUGAAUUCGUAUCUCCUCUUGGAGCUGCAAUGUUCACUGUUUCUACUUCUCUCCCGCAGUCGUGUUCAUUAGCUCGAACUCCAUCAUUUGUUCAGCAUGUCUUUGCUGUUGCAUUGGUUGAUGCUAUUCGUCGGUUAAGCGGUUUUGGAGAUUUCCCACUACGAAUCAAAUGGCCAAAUGACUUUUACUUUAACCGCUCACACAAGGUCGGCGGUCUUUUAGCUACUGCUAAGUGUCGUGAUGAUGGCCUGUUGGUAUCAAUCGGUGCCGGCAUCAAUGUAUCCAAUUCGCAACCAACAGUUUGUCUCAACGACAUGGUUCCAGAUGGAAGCGACAUCAAAUUCAGCAUUGAAGAGGUUAUUGCCGAGACGUUGAAUAGAUUCGAAUAUUGGAUGAAUAUCUACGAAAUGAAAGGUGCUGGUGAAGUGCUCAAAGCAUACCACGAGUUUUGGUUGCACAGCCGAGAAGAAGUGCUGCUCGAGGAGCUGUCUGAGAAAGUUGUCAUUCGGGGGUUGGACAAAAAUGGAUACCUUCAAGUGCGAAGCAAAAGCAAUCCUAGUAAGAUAUUUUCGGUUGGUGAUAAUGGGAACACAUUUGACAUGAUGAAAGGUCUGAUUCGACAUAAACUUCGUUAG